AUGGGCAGUGGAGCCAGUUCUGAGAGCAAGGAGUCGGCCAGGAGAUCCAGAGAGCUGGAAAAGAAACUCCAGGCAGAUGCAGAGAGGGAAGCCAGGACAGUCAAACUACUGCUGUUGGGUGCUGGAGAGUCAGGAAAGAGCACUAUUGUAAAGCAAAUGAAGAUCAUCCAUAAAGAUGGCUUCACCUACCAGGAACGCAUGGAGUUCAGACCUGUCAUUUACAGUAACACAGUGCAGUCUAUCCUGUCUAUCGUGAAAGCAAUGACCAAGUUAGGAAUCAGUUACGAAAACCCAGCUAGAAUUGAAGAUGAAAGGAAGCUGUGUGACAUGGCAACAACCCUGGAGGAUGGCGACCUGCCUUCCGAAUUGGUCGAACUCAUCAAACAACUGUGGAGCGAUGGUGGGACCCAGGCCUGCUUCGCGAGGGCAGCGGAGUACCAGCUCAACGACUCGGCAGCCUACUACCUCAACGAUUUGGACAGGUUGGCAAGGCUGGACUAUGUGCCCAGUGAGCAAGAUGUUUUGCACUCCCGAGUGAAAACAACUGGGAUUAUAGAGACUCAGUUUUCUUUCAAAGACCUGAACUUCAGGAUGUUUGAUGUGGGUGGACAGCGAUCAGAGAGAAAAAAGUGGAUUCAUUGCUUUGAGGGAGUUACUUGCAUCAUAUUCUGUGCUGCACUCAGCGCCUAUGACACGGUUCUGGUGGAAGAUAAAGAAGUGAAUAGAAUGCAUGAAAGCCUUCAGCUGUUCAACAGCAUCUGCAACCACAAGUGCUUUGCAGCCACUUCCAUUGUGCUGUUUCUAAACAAAAAAGACCUCUUUCAAGAGAAAAUAACAAAAGUUCAUCUGAAUAUCUGCUUUCCUGAGUAUAACGGACUCAAUACAUUUGAAGAUGCUGGAAAUUACAUCAAGAAACAAUUCCUAGACCUGAACAUAAGGAAACAGGAUAAAGAGAUAUAUUCUCACUUGACAUGUGCCACCGACACCCAGAAUGUCAAGUUUGUAUUUGAUGCAGUCACAGACAUAAUAAUCAAAGAAAAUCUGAAAGACUGUGGGCUUUUCUAG